AUGGAGCGGCCUGUCAAGAAGCAGCGUGCAAAUGAGUCGGCUCGGCACGAGAACACCGCUAGCGCUCAAGAUCCCCCACGUUAUGAUGCUGAAGUCUUGCAGCGACAAUUUGUGAUUUUUCUUGCUAACGGGGAUGUGGAUUCGGCCCAGAUUAUAGGCGAGUUGCUAGUUUCCAUAGCAUUGUUUUCAUCAGAGUUAGAGGUCCAUCACAACAAUGGCAACAUUCUCGCUGAUUCUCGCAAGAAAAGAACUUUUGAAAUAGCAACGAGCGAUGCAAAAAGGCUGUCGCCUGCAUUUCAUGCCAAGACAUUGCGAUUAUUUGCAGAUUUAAUGCUUGUCAAGCGUGAAUACAAGCGCGCCAUUGUAAUUAAAGAUGGAAGAAUUUGUUUAUGUGAUAAAAAGCUUACCGUAAACAUUAAAGUGUUGACGAAGGAAGUGGAGCUAGAGGUAAAACUCAAGGUGGCUAAGUGCUACGUGGAGCUUCAGUGUAUCAUUGAAGCCAUUCAAAUGUUAAUAUCGACACCGUUUGAAGAUCGAAGCUUGAGCAUGAACCUUUUACUUGGGAAAUUGUACAUGAGCGAAGGACUUUCAGAUAAAGCGGAGGAAAGUUAUAUGGCUGCCUUACGACAGAAUCCGUAUGCAUUAGAAGCAGCACUAGCUCUUACUAAACUAGCAACAGCAAACGAUGCAGCACCGGAAUCUGAUGAAACUAAAGAAUCUGGUCAGAGUGCAACAGUAGCACCUGUCGCUAUUCAUCGAUAUAAUGUUGCAAGAUUUUACUCCGAUAUUGCAUCCGGCAAGAUUAAAGAUACAGGUCUCUCUAAUUACGACUUAUCGUGGAUACAGACACUGGUGGUAGCCCAUAUGGAUGCUGAGCGGGGAAAACAUAAAGCGGCGAUAGAGUCUUUCAUUACGCUAAUUCAAGUCUUUCCUGGAAACCUCCAUUGUUUGUUGCACAAGGGAGGGCUAGAGUUAAACCAGGAGCUACUCCAUCAAGCCAACAUAACAUUCAGACGUGCACGACAAGUUGACGAUCUAAACUUGACCUAUAUGGACCGCUUUGCCAACUGUCUUCGCAAAGGAAACUUACGCACCAAUCUUAAUGAUUUGGUGCAGGAACUUUUUAAAAUCAAUAGCACGUGCGCAGAAUCGUGGCUUGCUGCGGCAUAUUACAGCGAUGUGAAAGGAGACUACGAGGUAGCCUUACAGUUCUCAAAACGUGCCAUUCAAGAGCAACCUCGAAGCGCACCGGCGCAUUUGCUACGAGGUGAAGUUUUACUGCGACUGCAUCGUCCUCAACCUGCGCUAACGGCAUUUUGGACUGCGUGCCGCCUCACGCCGUCUAUGGAGGCCUAUACUGGUAUUAUCACCAGCUACUGCAAUUUGUAUGCACUUGGUGUAAAUCGUUUCAAGGAAGCCUUGGCCACUGCAAAGAGUGUUGUGAAGCUAUUCCCACUAAAGGCGCAAAGUUUUGUACUCUUUGGAAGUGUUCUCGCUCUAAGUUCGGAACAUCGGGAACAAGCACACCUGGCUCUACACAAGGCUUUAUCGAUGGAACCUCGUAAACUCUGCACCAACUUUGCGCUGGUCGACCUGCUGGUUGAAGAUGGCAACUUUCGCGAAGCUAUUGAUAGACUGCGGGCCCUUGGCGAGCGCCACCCACAAGAAGAGGUCUUUACAAAGUUGGCAUCUGUCUAUUCUUCAAAUAAACAAUAUGCGGAGGCCUUGACAUAUUUUCAUCAAGCGCUUCAGCUUAAUCCGGGAUCAGCCGAUGCAUUGCAAGGACUAGAACGACUCGAAAAACUGAUGCGUGGUGAAGACCCGGAUGAACUUAGCAACAGUAUGGAACAGCUGGACCCAGAGGAGCAAGACGGGUCAAUGGAAGCCACCUGUCUAAGUCAUUUUAUAUUGAUCGCAUUCGUCGAAGUAUUGAGUUCCUGCGACCUUUGGUAG